AUGGGUUUUAGGCUGAAGAAACCCGAUGAUGCUGUCGGCUCGGCGACGCCGGCCAUCAUCAUCGGUCUAUUCGUCGCCUUCGGUGGUGUCCUUUUCGGGUAUGACACCGGUACUAUCAGUGGCAUCCUUGCAAUGAAGUACUGGCGCCAGCUAUUCUCGACCGGCUACAUCAAUCCUGCGGAUGACUACCCUGAUGUAACCGCUUCUCAAUCGUCUAUGAUUGUCUCUCUGCUCUCGGCCGGUACCUUUUUCGGUGCCCUAUUCGCUGCCCCUAUGGCCGAUAUUUUCGGUCGCCGCCUUGGUAUGAUCCUCAACACCGGUGUCUUCACGAUCGGUGUCAUCCUGCAGACUGCCGCCACCGCCAUUCCACUGUUUGUGGCUGGUCGUUUCUUUGCUGGUCUGGGUGUCGGUUUGCUCUCCGCAACCAUCCCUAUGUACCAGUCUGAGACAGCUCCCAAAUGGAUCCGUGGUACUAUUGUCGGUGCCUACCAGCUGGCCAUUACUAUCGGUCUGCUUCUAGCUGCGAUCGUCAACAACGCAACCAAAGACCGUAUGGAUACUGGUUCUUAUCGUAUCCCCGUCGCUGUCCAGUUUGCAUGGGCUAUUAUCUUGGUCGCUGGCAUGCUGGUUCUGCCUGAGACUCCUCGCUUCCUGAUCAAGAAGGACAAGCAUGAGGCUGCCGCGAAGGCCCUUGCCCGCCUCCGUCGCCUUAAUGUUAACGACUCUGCUAUCAUCGAGGAAUUGUCUGAGAUCCAGGCCAAUCACGAGUACGAGCUGAGUCUCGGUAAGGCUACCUACCUUGAUAUCUUGCGUGGCACUAUGGGCAAGCGGCUUGCCACUGGGUGCGCGGUCCAAGCACUCCAGCAGUUAGCUGGUGUCAACUUCAUCUUCUACUACGGCACGACCUUCUUCGAGAACUCCGGGAUCUCCAAUGGCUUUACCAUCACCCUGAUCACUAAUAUUAUUAAUGUCUGCUCUACCUUCCCGGGUCUCUGGAUGGUCGAGAAGUGGGGUCGUCGUAACCUGCUUAUGUUCGGUGCUAUUGGCAUGGCCGUCUGCCAACUGAUCGUGGCUAGUGUUGGUACCGCUCUCCCCGGUGACCCAGUCUCUAAUAAGGCCCUCAUCGCCUUUGUCUGUAUCUAUAUCUUCUUCUUCGCCAGCUCCUGGGGCCCUGUUGCCUGGGUUGUCACCGGUGAACUUUUCCCUCUCAAGGCCCGUGCUAAGUGCCUCUCUAUUACAACCGCCACCAACUGGCUCCUGAACUGGGCCAUUGCCUACGCCACUCCUUACAUGGUCAACGCCGGCCCUGGUAACGCCAACCUCCAGGCCAAGGUGUUUUUCAUCUGGGGUGGCUUCUGUUGCCUCUGUCUCGUUUUUGUUUACUUCUUCGUCUAUGAGACUAAAGGCCUGUCCCUGGAGCAGGUCGACGAGCUUUAUGCCAAGGUUACCAAGGCCUGGAAGUCGCCUGGCUUUGUGCCGUCCGUUCAUUUCAGUGAUGUCCGUGACGUUGCGGGUGAGAAGGGUCGCGACUUGUCCCAGCUUGAGGCUGAGGCGCUGGAGAAGAGGGAGGCCGCUACCCAUCUUGAGCGGACUGAGGUUUAG